AUGGAUCAACAAAACCAAUCCGGGCCUCAAGGUCCCGGUGGACGCAAGUUCCAUAUUGCUCAUCGGAGAAGUCCGUCUGAGCUCACCCCGCUGAUGAUGGAACAAUUGGCCAUCCAACAACAAAUUGAGUUGCUCCAGCAGCAACAGCAACAAAUUGCUGCGACACACCAACAAUACGUUAACAUGGGGCUGUUGCAGCCCCAGCAACUGGGCCAGGUGCCCUCGUUUCAACCAGGUGCCUCCAUGGGCGGUGUUUCCCCACAGCAAGUCAAUGCAUUCCAAUUCCCGCAGGGCGGACAGCAGCAGCUUGGUUUAUCGAUGAAUGCACCAAAUCAACAUUCGCAUCGUCGCAACCAGUCUGCUCUUCCCGGUCUUCCUAUGGGCCCACCUCCUGCCCCGUCUUCCGGUGCAUCAGGAUACGCCGAUUAUAACCAGAACAACCAUAAGAAUGAGAAUAGCAACCAUGGGCGUGGACGUGGAGGUCCUCCAGGCGGUGGUCACCAGCGCCGCCACUCGCUUGCUCUUCCUGAGGCCAAAAAGGCCGCUGAGCUAGCCCAGCAGAAGAGAACAGCUUCGGGAUUCCAGUUCCCUGCUCCUGCCCCUGGUGCAGGCGGUUCUGAUAACCAGUCCUCCUCAGAUGAUAAGCCCGCAUCCAGUACUCCUCCCGCGCCUCAAGGACCCGCCUUCCAACGGGCCGGAAACAUACGAGCUGGCGGUCAUGGCCGCAGCCAAUCGAUGGCUAUCGGUGGUAACCGGGCUUCCAUCUCUGGUCGCGGCGCGGGUGGCUUCCAGUUCCCUCAGGCCAGUGAGUCAUCAACGGGUCAACCCGAUAACCAACGACGGGCCAGCCAGUCUGGUCAUGCCCGGUCGUCCUCGCGAAAUUUCGAGGGCAACUGGCGCCAGCCUAACAACCAAAACCAGGGUCAGGAUCAGCAGAGGCCUGUCGGUCAGCAGCAGGGUGGAUUCCAGCCUGGUCACCGCUCGCGGGGUUCUAUGAACCAGUCUAUGGGCUCCAUCGGCCAGUUCCAAUAUGGCGGUCAGCCUCAAAUUGGCCAGCCCCAGCUUAUCCAACUUCCCCAGGGUCAAGUCAUGAUGGCACCCCAAAUGUUCGGCAACCAGCAACUGAACCCACUCCAGCUGGCCCAGUUGCAAGCGCUUCAGCAGCAGAAUGGUCAAGGCUUGGGCGGUCUACAGGCAAGCCAGCAUGCUCCACCGCAGAUUUCUGUUCAGCAGCAACAGCAACAGCAACAGCGAAAGACUCUCUUCACUCCUUACCUUCCUCAGGCAAAUUUGCCUGCACUUCUUAGCAAUGGACAGUUGGUCGCUGGUGUUUUGCGCGUCAACAAGAAAAAUCGUUCUGAUGCUUAUGUUACUACUGACGAUCUCGAUGCCGACAUCUUCAUUUGCGGUAGCAAGGAUCGUAAUCGCGCCCUUGAGGGUGACUUUGUCGCAAUUGAACUUCUUGAUGUCGAUGAGGUGUGGGGCCAAAAGAAAGAAAAGGAGGAGAAAAAGAAGCGCAAGGAUAUCACUGAUGCCCGGUCUAACAGCAAUGCUGGAAACGACAAGCUUGGUCGCUCCGAUUCCACUGGCGAUAGACAGGAAGUGGGUCCGGAUGGAAGCAUCCGCCGCCGUGGUAGCCUGCGCCAGCGUCCCACCCAAAAGAAGAAUGACGACGUCGAGGUUGAAGGUCAGAGCCUCCUUCUAUGUGAAGAAGAUGAAAUCAGCGACGAGCAAAAGCCUCUGUAUGCCGGCCACGUUGUUGCAGUCAUCGAGCGUGUUGCAGGCCAGAUGUUCUCCGGAACCUUGGGUCUGUUGCGGCCCAGCAGUCAGGCUACAAAGGAGAAGCAGGAGGCCGAGCGGCAAGCCAGAGACGGCGCCCAUGGUCGUUCCCACAAUGAUCGUCACCAGGACAAGCCGAAGAUUGUUUGGUUCAAGCCCACUGACAAGCGUGUCCCCCUUAUCGCUAUCCCAACAGAGCAGGCACCUCGGGACUUCGUUGAGAAGCACCAGGACUACGCCAACCGAAUCUUUGUUGCUUCUAUCAAGAGGUGGCCUAUCACCUCCCUGCACCCCUUUGGUACGCUCGUUGAGCAACUCGGAGAGAUGGGUGACCUACGGGUUGAGACAGAUGCCCUGCUGCGCGACAAUAACUUCGGUUCCGAUGACUUCUCGGAUGCUGUGCUGAAGAGCAUUGGCUGGGAGGACUGGGCUAUCUCUAGCGAGGGUGACGCCUUGGCUUCGAGACGAGACUUCCGUGAAGAGACCAUCUUUACGAUUGACCCCGCCGACAGCAAGUCCCUCGAGGAUGCGUUCCAUGUCAAGACGCUUACUGAUGGCAAGGUCGAAAUUGGCGUUCACGUGGCCGACAUUGCUCACUUCGUCAAGGCUAAUUCUCUGGUGGACCGUGAGGCCAAAAAACGCGGCACCGCGGUCUAUCUGGUCGACCGGAUCAUGAACAUGUUGCCUACUCGUGUUUCCACUGAGCUUUGCUCCCUAAUCCCCGGAGAGGAUCGCCUCACAGUCAGUGUAGUCUUCAAGGCCAACUCUGCUACCGGUGUGGUGGAUGAAGACGUCUGGAUCGGCAAGGGUGUUAUCAAGAGCGCCGCCCGUCUUGACUAUGAACAGGUCAAUGCACUUGUUCAAGGCAAGCCCGAUGUCAAUACUAGUGGCAUUUCUGCAGACAGCCUCCGCUUGUUGCAUAACACUGUCGGAAAGUUCCGCGAAGCCCGUUUCGGUAACCGUGUGUCAAAUGUCCCCGUUCAGCGUCUACUUCAGCAGCUCGAUGAUGAGAAUGUGCCAGUCGAGUACAACAUCUUCGAUUCAACCCCAGCACAUGAACUUGUUGAGGAGCUAAGCCACCAGGCGAACUACUUCGUUGCUCGUAAGCUUGUUAGUGCUAUGCCCGAGAAAGCAUUCUUGCGCCGUCAGUUCUCGCCGAACCCUCGUCGCCUUACACAGUUUGUUGAGCGGAUGAACCGCCUUGGCUUCGAGAUCGACUCGAGCAGCAGCGGCAGUCUUCAGAGCUCUCUUUGCAAGGUCCAGGAUGUAGAUAUUCGCAAGGGUAUGGAAACUCUUCUUGCCAAGGCCAUGCAACGUGCAAAGUACUUUGUCAGUAGUGGCACUUCAGAUGAAAUGCGCCAGCACUACAUGCUCAACGUGCCUGCCUACACCCACUUCACCAACCCUUCUCGACGCUACACCGAUAUCAUUGUGCACCGACAACUUGAGGCCGUGCUCUCAGGGGGCACUGUGGAGUUCAAUGAUGAUAUCGAGUCACUGAGCAAGACUGCUGACCUUUGCAACAACAAGAAGGAUUCGGCUCUCAAUGCCCAGGAACAAAGUGUGCACAUCGAGGCCUGCCGUAAAAUGGACCGCAAGAGUCGCGAGAUUGGUGGCGAUCUCAUCAGCGAGGGUAUUGUACUCUGCGUUUACGAGUCUGCCUUUGACGUUCUUAUCCCGGAAUACGGCUUCGAAAAGCGUGUGCACUGCGAUCAACUACCUCUCAAGAAGGCUGAGUACCGUAAGGACCGUCGUAUCCUCGAGUUGUACUGGGAGAAGGGCGUUCCAUCAUCUGCAUACAUUCCGGAGGAUGAACGUCCCAAGCCUGGGAACUCCCGCGCUGCCCAGGCCGCAGCUGCCGCUCGCGAGGCUGAAGCUGCCAGAGAGCGGGCCAGGGAGCGUGAUGAAGCCAUGCGCAAGCAAACUGAGACCGGCACAAUGUCUGCCGACGAUGUCGAUGCCCUCUUCGACGAUGAUGAAGAUGUGGACGAUAUCACUGAAAUGGCAGCCGGUGUGUCGCUCAACUCCGCCGACCGUUCCACCCAGAGCAUGCCACCGUCGCCUACACGCAACGGCCACCACCAGCAGGGGCCCCACCGUACUCGUUCGGAUCCCAAGAUUGCUUCCGGCACCGGGGAUGCACCCGAGAACAAAUUGACAAACAAGGAGAAGUACUUGAACUUGUUCAAGCUGCGCGAGGUGGAUGGAGAGUUCAUUCAGGAUGUCACCGAGAUGACCCGUGUUCCUAUUAUCCUGAAGACUGAUCUGAGCAAGAGUCCCCCAUGCCUCACUGUUCGGUCUGUGAACCCCUACGCCCUGUAG